UGCGGGUGAUGUAGCUCUCACGAUCACAACCAAUACGGUAUAAGACUCACUAGGGCAGUUACCACUCACCAGGGUUGUCAAGACUUGCUCUACCCUGCAACGCUGUCAGGAAGCUGAAGCAACUUCAUUCCAACAUGAAUAUCCGCGCAGUCAGGGUCGAAGAUCUCGCAGGCAUGCAAGCCUGCAACCUGCACAACCUGCCCGAGAACUACACAAUGAAAUACUAUCUAUAUCACGCGCUAUCUUGGCCUUCACUUUCGUAUGUGGCCGAGGACCACAAUGGACGGAUUGUUGGUUAUAUUCUAGCAAAAAUGGAGGAAGUUGAGGAGACAGAAGGGCAACCUGCAACUAAUCAUGUUCCUCAUGGACAUGUCACCUCAAUAUCUGUCAUGAGAUCAUAUCGUCGACUUGGGCUGGCCAAAAAAUUGAUGCUUCAAUCACAGGAGGCUAUGAGCAGCAUCUACCGCGCAGCAUUCGUGUCUCUCCACGUCCGCAAGUCGAAUCGUGCAGCACUAAGCCUGUAUCGCGACACGCUUGGGUUCACUGUCAACAAUAUCGAGGAAAAGUACUAUGCCGAUGGAGAAGAUGCAUAUGCAAUGCAGCUCACGUUCGAGCAUGAGCAAUAAUACGAAGGAAACUGGGGCAGACUAAUAGUUUA